AUGGCAACCGGGCGUUCGACGAUUGUGAGGCCUCCGCCCGAGGACCCGAACAAGAGCCCGAUCGAGAACGUGCUGGAGGUGACGGAGCUGGGCGUCCUGGGGCCGGACAUCUUCACCAACACGCGCCAGCCAUGGCACCCGCCCGGCGCGCGCGGCAUCUUCGGCGGCGCCGUGAUCGCGCAGUGCCUCGCCUCGGCGCAGAAGACGGUGCCCAACGACUUCUUCGUGCACUCGUGCCACUGCUACUUCCUGCUGGCCGGCUCCUCGGAGAUCCCGAUUCUCUUUCAUGUCGAGCGCGUGCGCGACGGGCGCAGCUUUGCGACGCGGACGGUGCAGGCGCGGCAGCGGGGCCGGUGCAUCUUCACGACGACGGUGUCGUUUGUCAAGGAGGGCGCGGGCGGGGAGACGCAGGUGCGGCACGCGGCGCCGCUUCCGCAAGGUGUGCGGGCGCCGCCGGCGGAUUGGAGGGGCGAGCCGGAGUGGAGCACGCACUCGCCGUUCCAGACGUACCGGAUCUCGAUGGUCGGGCCGGAUGGGAAGCCUGCGAAGACGACGCUGACGAAGGGGGAGAAGGGGGAGGAGCCGGCGCCGCAUGAGAUGAAGAGCCGGAACUGGGUGCGGGCACGGGGGAAGAUCAGUGUUAGUGGAGGCCACCAGGCGCAUCUGAACGCGCUGGCGUACAUGUCGGACAGCUACUUCAUCGGGACGGUAGGGCGGAUACAUCGGUUGUGGCGGUUCCCGUUCAAGCCGGAGGAGUUUGAGGAGCUGCCGCCGGAGCUGAGGGAGCAGGUGGAGCGGUUGAAUGAGUUUGAGGGGAAUACGGAGGGCGGGGUGGAGUACUGGAAGACGAGGCCGCAUCUGGGCAUGAUGGUGAGCUUGGAUCAUAGUAUCUACUUCCAUGAGCCGAGGAGGGUGAGGGCGGAUGAGUGGAUGUUUACGGAGAUGGAGAGCCCGUGGGCUGGGGAUGGGAGGGGGGUUGUGUUGCAGAAGAUUUUUGGGGGGGAUGGGACGCUCUUGGCUACUUGUGUGCAGGAGGGCGUCGUGAGGUUGAAGCAAGAGGAGGAUGUGGAGAAGGACGAGCCGAAGGCCAAGUUGUGA